AUGAACACCAUGUUACUUACACCUUUGUGGUGCCUACUUCUUAUCUCCCUGCUACCCCCAGCUUUUUGUAAAGAAGGCAGCAAGAAGUUACAAAUUGGGGUGAAGAAAAGAGUGGAAAAUUGUCCCAUUAAAUCUCGUAAAGGGGACACCCUCAACAUGCAUUACACAGGGAAGCUGGAAGAUGGCACGGAGUUUGAUAGCAGCAUACCCAGAAAUCAACCUUUCACUUUCACUCUAGGCGCUGGACAGGUCAUCAAGGGCUGGGACCAAGGUCUGCUAGGGUAUGUUGUCUGGCCAUGA